AACUAAGACAGUCGUCCUUACUCCCCUCUGCUCCCCGACUGGACUGCGUUAUCUGUGGCAUCCAUAAGUGUCAGCCGCAAAUCCGUAACAGGAGGUGGUUAGGAGUUACCGUGCGAUCUGCUGCCGUCAUUCUCCUAGCACAAGAAGGUGCCAAGGCUCAUUUAUUUGUAUCCUGCGUUACAGAAACCGAGUGUAUCGCGCCAACCUCUCUUAAAAAAAAAAAACUGAACCCAAACCCAAACAUGUCUACUAAGCCAGGGGACGAGCUAGAUUCGGAGGGGAAGUGGUUUGGUGAUGAUUACGAGAGAAACGGCCUGUUUGGGAGCACGCCGCCUCGGUUCGACGAGCUACGCGAAGAAUUCAAGCCGAAAAGCGGGGAGGAGAGGGGCGACGUGGAUCAACAAUUUCAUCAUUUUCAGCCUCCCGUUGCUAUGGAAACUGCAUCUACAGAUGAUGUCAUGUCUGGCCUGUUUAAGAAGCCCAUGACUGAUGACAGUGACCUGUACACUUCCCUGCUAUCUAAUCAGAGCUUCCCAUCAGGCCAAGAGGCCUCCUAUCUAUCAGAGGAUUUUAAGACGACCAAGCUCUCCUCAGGCCCCUCCUCCCAGGACCAGUUCUCCUCACAUGACUCCUACGGCAUCUUCUCUUCCGAUACCAAGAUGACCUCCCACCUGACGGAUGACAUGCCCAAGUCUCUGCUGGGUUCAGAAAAGACGGAGGCCUACAACUACAUGGACAUCAGCCACAGUGAUGACCACCAAAGCCAGCGCCAGGGGCCUCUGCACAGCCUAGUCGACACAUUCUCCUCUGACAAAGACUCCCUGGGCAACUACAUAGACAAGAACCCUGGGGGAGAUGAGGAGGAGGAGGAAGAAGGGGAAGACGAAGACGAUAACCUAGGCCCUGCGCUAGACUCUCACUCCUUCCCCUAUGUGGAGGAGCCAUCCGAUGAGGAGCAGUCAGACUACCGCUCCUACCGGAACCUGGGCAGUAUCCCGCAGACAGCCAGCCCAGUCAAGAUCACUUUGACUGAGUCCCAGCCCCCUGCGGUGGACACUGAGCAACAGCAGCAGCCCUCCCCAAUCAGUGUGUCCGAACGGGAAAAUGUCCUCAGCGUGGGCCUGCAAGGCGUUCCUACGGUCACGCUGUCUGAGCCCGAGGACGACAGCCCUGCAUCCACCCCCAAUGCUUCUCCAACAGAAAAGGAAUACUCUUCCCAUGACAUCUUCCAAGGUGACGUGGUGAAGCCUGCCUCUCCCAGCAGCAGCCCCGGAGCCAAGGCUGUGGACAGGGAGCACGACGGCAGCAGCGCAGAGUCUGGAGACUCUGAGAUCGAACUGGUGUCUGAGGAGCCUGCCCACACCCCAACCACCAAGGCCAGCAGCAACCCGUUCGCCCAGCCACCCAGCAGCAAGGGCACAGUCAGCCAGUCCAACAACCCCUUUGACACUCCUGUGGGGACCAAGGGGGCUCCCAGCCUGGCUGGCAACCACGCUGUGCCCACAGCCUACAGCAUUCUGAGGGAGGAGAGGGAGGCAGAGCUUGACAGCGAGCUCUUCAUCGAGUCUGCAUCCGAGGAAAGCCCCAAAAGAGAGCAGGGCUCCACCAGCCCCAAACAGGGAGUCAGUGUCCCUUCGCCUCUGGUCCCCAGUGCUCCCCCUCCCCACAGCGCCCCAGAGGUGAUGCCAGUCGAGCCCCCGGUCAAAACAACCGAUGAAAUGAUCAAGACCCCCGUGAAGACAGAGGAAGACCGUUCCAGCAAGCCCAAGCUCCCCACUGCUGCCGUGCCUCCAGAAGUGCGCUCAGAGAAGCCCACCCAGGACGACUUGGGAGGCAAUAUCAAAUAUGCCAGCGACAGUGUGGAGGACGCUGAGAAACCUGCUUCCCCUGCCUUACUGGAAGGCUUUGACAAACAAAAAGCUAUUGACCUGCUCUACUGGAGGAAUGUGAAGCAGUCGGGGGCCGUGUUCGGCAGCGUACUCCUGCUCCUCUUCUCCCUUACCCAGUUCAGUGUGGUCAGCGUGGGAGCCUACUUGGCCUUGGCAGCCCUCUCCGCCACCAUCAGCUUCAGGAUCUACAAGUCUGUGCUCCAGGCCGUGCAGAAGACUGAUGAGGGACACCCUUUCAAAGCCUACCUAGAGGUGGAAAUCGCUUUGUCCCAGGACCAAAUUGGCAAAUAUGCAGACAAAAUCCUCCUGUAUACCAACACUUGCAUGAAGGAGCUCCGCAGGCUGUUCCUGGUCCAGGAUCUGGUUGACUCUUUGAAGUUUGCUGUUCUGAUGUGGCUACUGACCUAUGUGGGUGCUCUUUUCAACGGUCUGACACUACUCAUCCUGGCCGUGGUUUCCAUGUUCACUAUGCCUGUGGUCUAUGAGAAACACCAGGCACAGAUUGACCAGUACGUGGGACUAAUACGGACCCAGGUCAACUCUGUGGUGGGGAAAAUUCAAGCCAAGAUCCCUGGUGCCAAGCGAAAGGAGGAGUAGGCCCGUCUGUCUCAUUGUCGCGCUUACAGUCCAGUCCAGCUCCGAGGCAGGCAGCUUGCUCAGUGUUGGAGAGCCCAGUCAUCUGUGGGCCGUAGUGCUGUGUCAUCUUGGUGUUCUCUAAAGCCACCCACUGGAGAAGCCCUCACCCUAACCGCCUGUAGCGGCUAACACACUAACACACACAAACCCAGUUAGUCAAGUCACACUUACGAGAUCAUAUUUCUAGUUAGAAAACUACAGAGCUCAAAAAAGAAAGUUUUUUUUUCUUUUGUGUUGUUUGUUAUGAUGUGCAUGAAGUCAAGCCUUGAGUAAAUACUAUUUGAUAUAUAUUUUGUGCAGUUUUGAUCACGCUACAUUUGUUUUGCAGUGCUUAUAACAAACUGUAUGGUUUGGCACAAAAAAAAGUUAGCUGCCCACACAACUGCUCUGCUUCCGAUGUCAAAUACUGCUUUAUGUUUCCGAGUUGGCUGGUGGGGCUUCUCUCAGUAUAUGUCAAUAUAUAUAAAUAUCAAAAUGAUUUCCUUUAGGUGUUUUCAAGCACAAAAUAAUUUGACAAUGUGUCUUAGAUGUGGUAAUUGUAGGGUUUUUGCUUUUGUACAACCAUAAGGAACAAUACACAAGCUCAUGUUUUAGGUACUGUUGUUCGACUACUAUGAAGACAAGGAGUAUCUGGUGAUAUUUAGCUUGUUUGAAUAACUGUCCAACUUUGUACUAUGUUCUCAACUAUACUCAAUGUAGUUCUUUAGAACCUGGACUCUAACUAUUUGCACUUACAGUAUGUAUUUAAUUUCAGGAAUAAGAAAAAUAAAUGUACCUUGAUGUAUAACUUAA